AUGGGACAGAUCAACUCGAGCUCCUUCAGGGCCGAUCUAGAGCGCGUCUGUGGUCCUGCAAGCGAUAUCGUCUCUGGAUCGCCAUCGUGGGACACGGCAUGCUGUACUCCCGACCAACUGUCCACGCUAUCAGACUCGCUACAGCAAGCAGAGAGUCUCAUUGCACUCUGCCCUGCUUGCAAGACCAACUUCAGGCGGUUCUACUGCGCCUUUACCUGUUCGCCCGAUCAGUCACUCUUUGUCUCUAUUGCUCAGACACAGAACCUAUCUGCUCAUCAAGCCGCCUUCCCGCCAACCUGGAACCUCAAUGAUGACCUUGAGACUGCAGGCAGUGGCCUUGCAGUCAAGACGGUCGACUUUCACGUGGACGAGCGGUUCGGUGCAGGAUUCUUCGAUAGCUGCAAGAAUGUCAAGUUUGGUGCUACGAACGGACUCGCAAUGGACUUCCUAGGAGGAGGCGCGCGUAACUGGCUCGCUUUCUUACGCUACAUGGGCACCGAACGGCCAGGCUUGGGAUCACCCUUUCAGAUCGACUUUCCUCAGGACGACGUAGCGCCAUCGAUCGAUCCGCUCAAUUUGGCACCGCUCAAUUGCUCCUCGGCAGACCUCGAUGCAAGAUGCGCAUGCGCAGAUUGUCCGGACAAUUGCCUCGCUUUACCGGACCGGCCGUCUCCGGAGGAAGAGAGACAGCAGAGAUGUCAUGUCGGAGCAAUCUCUUGCUUGUCUUUCGCAGUCAUCAUCCUCUACUCGCUCAUCCUGGUCGGACUCUGCCUGGGCAUCGGCAUCAAUACCCUCUGGGACAACCGAGCAAAUCUCUUGGCCCAACUGCGGCAUCCUACCGUUUCGAAUCCCUUCACACUGCAGCGGAACACCAGCGAUUCUGACUAUGAUCGCGUGCCCCUCAACGAGGGCAUGAACGAAGAUAGCCCGCGAUCAAAAAACACAGCAUUGAACAGUGGCCCACCUUCUGCAAGCUCGUCUGUUCGCUCACGUACGCAACCGCCCAGCAGCUCGAGCUCGGGCAACAAGUCUUCUCGACCGCCAUCAGGCUCAUCCGGCGUAGCCUCGUCUCCCGAGUUCUCCUUGCGUCGAGGCGGUCUGGGUCGAGGAGCAGCUGUGCUGACACAAGACCCUCUAUCAGCCUACCAGCCUCGAACAUACUGGCUCAACGAGAUCAUCUCGCAGACCUUUUACAAGAUCGGACUGGUGUGCGCUUCGUAUCCGCAUCUGACGAUCGCCAUCGGUCUAGCUAUUGCAGGUCUGUUGAACGCUGGCUGGGCGAACUUCCAGAUCGAGAGAGAUCCGGUCAAGCUAUGGGUUGCUAAGAAUUCGGCAACAGCCAUCGAGAAGGAUCUCUUCGAGCGAGACUUCGGACCGUUUUACAAGACCGAACAGAUCUUUCUGACGGACAAGAACGAAAAUGUACCUGUGCUCACUUGGGACAGACUGCAAUGGUGGUCUACUGUCGAAGAGAGGAUACGAGCCGUCAAAACAGAGCCCAAUGGUUCUCUUGCCACACUGUGCUUUGCUCCCACGGCGACCGACCCAGCGCACCAGAACGCAGAUGACUGCGUCAUCCAGAGCUUCACGGGCUAUCUGCCUCCGAAACAGCGCGGGCUUGACGAAUCGAACUGGGCAGACAGACUUGACGAAUGCGCUACUAGUCCAGCGAGCUGUCUGCCCCCGAGUGGACAGCCACUCAACCCUCGUCUGCUCUUUGGCGGCAUACCUGGCUACAGUGGCGAACGAGGUGCAGACAGGGACGAAAACGAAGAUGUGCCUGCGCAUGAAGCGCGCGCACUCGUCAUCACGUACGUCAUGCAGAAUUCGCUAGAUAAGCAGAGGCUCUACGAUAUCGAAGUAUGGGAAUGGUUCCUGCAGCACUUGCUAGCCGACGUCGCGAAAGAGGCGGACGAGAAGGGGCUGAAGAUGUCUUAUUCGACUGGCAUAUCCCUCGAAGCCGAGCUCAACAAGUCCACAAACACAGACAUACCCAUUGUCGUGCUCUCUUACCUGCUCAUGUUCCUCUACGUCUCUCUGAACUUGGGCGGGAGCAGCAUACGUCUUUUCUUUCAACUCGUCGCGCGAUCCUUCAAGAAGGACUUCGCUCACGUUCAAGCACGCAUAUCUGCGCGCCGUGGGCCUAUAGCGCUGCCAGCAGAAGAAUCGCAAGCAGACGAAAAAGAUCUGCAAUGGCAGGAUAUCUUCGUCGAAUCAAAGUUCCUGCUAGGCUUGUUCGGUAUCGCUAUCGUUCUGCUCUCGGUCUCCACAUCCGUCGGUGUCUUCUCGGCGAUGGGCGUCAAAGUCACGCUCAUCAUAGCAGAAGUGAUACCCUUUCUCGUCCUGGCAGUCGGCGUUGACAAUGUCUUUAUUCUCUCGCACGAAGUGAGCAAACAGAAUGCGAAGGCGGCAGAUCGCAUCGGUUUGGCAACCAAUGAAGACGGAGAAGGGGCUUUCGAAUCGCUUGCGCCCGCUGAAGAGCGGGUUGCAAAGGCACUUUCGCGUAUGGGACCCUCGAUACUGCUCAGUGCAUCGUGCGAGGUCGUCGCAUUCGCGCUUGGCAGUCUCGUCGGCAUGCCAGCCGUGCGCAACUUCGCCAUCUACGCAGCGGGCGCGGUCGCCAUCAAUGCUCUGCUGCAGAUCACGGUCUUUGUUGCAGCUAUCGCUAUUGAUUUGAAACGAACUGAGGCAAACAGAGUCGACUGCGUGCCCUUUUUGCAAGCCGGGAACGUCAAGCCUGCGCAAAGAUAUCGAGACACACAUCGAAGCGGAUUGACUCAGCUCGUGCACGAAUAUGCAGAAGCGCUGCUCAAGCCAGCAGUCAAAGCAGGCGUGCUCGUCCUCUUCUCCGCUCUCUUCAUAGCAUCGUACGUUACCUCGCAAAACGUUCAGCUCGGCCUCGAUCAACGACUUGCACUGCCAUCCGACUCUUACCUCGUUGAUUAUUUCAACGCGCUUGAUAAUUGGCUGGACGUAGGCCCGCCUGUCUACUUCGUCGCGCAAGAUCUUCCCAUCCAGUUCCGCGAGCAGCAGGAAAGCGUUUGUGGACGCUUCUCGGCGUGUCACGAUCGGUCGCUCGCAAAUCUGCUCGAAGCCGAACGCAAGCGAUCGAAAUCAUCUUUUCUGUCCGAGCCACCUGCUGUCUGGCUGGACGAUUUCUUCCAAUGGCUUAAUCCGGCACUUGAGGACUGCUGCAGAGUCAGAUCUAGAGACAAGACACAGUUCUGCAGUCCUAGCGACUCAGAUCUCGACUGCGAGCCUUGCUUCGCCAGCAGGGAGGAUGAAUGGAAUAUCACAAUGCAAGGCUUGCCACAAGGCGAAGAGUUUCACCAGUAUCUGGAGCAAUGGCUCAAAUCGCCAACAGACGAGUCGUGUCCCUUGGGCGGCAAGGCGCCAUAUAGCACAGCUGUGGCUCUUGACGACACUGGCGUGACAGCUUCCCACUUUAGAACAUACCACACACCACUCAAGACCCAGAACGAUUUCAUCGACGCAUUAGCUGCAGCUCGCAGGAUCUCACGCGAACUCACAGAAGCUACAGGGGCUUACGUAUAUGCCUACUCGCUGCCUUAUGUCUUCUUCGACCAGUACGAGGGCAUUCAUAUCACGACACGACAAGUCAUCUUCGUCAGCUUAGUUGCCAUCAUGCUCAUUGCUAGUCUCCUGCUCGGCUCUUGGCGCACUGGCGCAGUCUUGACCGGCGUUGUCUUCAUGUCGACAGUCAAUGUCAUGGGCGUCAUGGCAAUCUGGGGCGUCAGCCUCAAUGCGCUCAGUCUCGUCAAUCUCGUGAUCUCAAUGGGCAUCUCUGUGGAAUUCUCCGCCCAUAUCGCUCGUGCAUUCAUGGGCGCAAAUGGCGGCGGUCUGCCGCACGGUCAUCCUGCAGGUGCCAAAGAGCGCGACGAGCGCGUAUGGACUGCACUCACUGACGUUGGUCCAUCGGUUUUCUCUGGUAUCACGCUCACAAAGCUCAUCGGCAUCAUCGUAAUGGCCUUUACACGGUCAAAGCUGCUUCGCAUCUACUAUUUCAGGAUGUGGCUCGCGCUCAUCAUUUCUGGCGCACUGCAUGGCCUCGUCUUCCUGCCAGUCGCGCUCAGCCUGUACGGCGGACAUGGCUACGUGCUUGACCGCGACGAUGACCUCUUCGGAGAGAUCAAUGAACGAUAUGAAGAGGCAAACCCACUCAUUCGAGACGACGACUCGCAAGCAUCUGUUUAG